GUGCAAUCCCCUUCCGUCCGCUGCUGCAUCCCUACUCGUGCGUUCUGUCUGCGGUCUGCCUGUCUCGCCCCCUCUCGCUCUCGGCCGCCGCCGCCGCCGCCCUAAGCCAGGUGCUGAGGCUUUAGUUGGUCUCUUCGCCGGCGACGAGCACCCACCAGGGUUAGCUAACCAAGAGAAGGAGAGUGAUAGGAGGAAGAAAGAGUAACGGGAACAAUGGCGGCAGACUCUGGCGCUCGCAGGCAGCCAACCUUCACCAAGGUCGAUCAGCUGCGCCCUGGAACCCACGGCCACAACCUCAUCGUCAAGGUUGUUGACUCCAAGAUGGUCGUCCAGAGAGGCCGCGACGGAGGGCCCCAGGGAAGGCAGAUGAGGAUUGCCGAGUGCUUGGUUGGCGAUGAAACCGGCAUCAUUGUCUUCACUGCAAGAAACGAUCAAGUGGAUGUAAUGAAGCCUGGAACAACUGUUGAACUGAGGAAUGCAAAGAUUGACAUGUUCAAGGGUUCAAUGCGGCUUGCAGUGGACAAGUGGGGAAUUGUGAAAGCUGCUGAAAGCUCAGCUGAGUUCACAGUCAAGGAGGACAACAACCUGUCCUUAAUUGAGUUUGAGCUGGUGACCGUGGUGGAGUGAAAACCUUCCUUUGCUUAAGGAGUAUUGGUUGUAUGCUAUGUCGUUGAACCUAUUCAUCGUCACCAAUCAAUAAGGAAUCAUGGUUGAUGUUCUCCUCUGCAUCGGAAGGUGGAUGUUUAGUUAUCAAAGCCAGUGAGUUAUGGAACAAUCGAAGAUGAGUAACAUAGCUGAGAUAGAUUGUCGUAAUGCUUUGAGUUGCUUAUUUGCUGCACAUUACUUACUGUGCGUCGUGGCUACUUUUGUUUUGUUUUUGCGAUGACUCGAUUGCUAUUGAAUAAUAAAUUGGUGUUGUGAGGUGAAAAA